AUGGCUAAUGAAAGAAACACCCUAGCCAUCCGCUGGCAAGACUUGGUCGCCCAGAAGCGCCGCGAAUGCCAGGAGAAGAUUCCUCCAGAAUGGACCCUGAGUACAGAUCUUCUGGUGGUGCCUCCGCGGCUGCUGGAGUAUGACCUCCCGCGCCGUAGCGGUCUAUUAUCUGAAAUUGAGUUGGACAUUACCGAGAAUUUCUCAGCCACGCAGCUCCUAGCCAAGCUAGCCUCGGGCGAGGUCAGUUCACUUGCGGUCACCACGGCAUUCUGUAAACGCGCAGCGAUUGCACAGCAGGUGAUAUCCUGCCUCACGGAGACAUUCUUUUCGCAGGCCCUCGACCGAGCACAUUUUCUUGAUACCUAUUUAGCGCGCGAGGGUAAACCCAUCGGUCCGCUGCACGGUCUGCCUAUCAGCUUAAAAGACAGUUUUUGUGUUGAAGGCGUGCAGUCUACCAUUGGAUAUGUAUCGUUUCUGAAUAAUCCACCAGAAACAAGAAAUUCAUCUCUCGUGGAAAUGCUACUGCAACUCGGGGCAGUGCUCUAUGUCAAGACAAAUAUCCCUCAAACCGCCAUGACAGCGGAUUCUGAAAACAAUAUUUUUGGACGCACUCUCAACCCGCACAACACAUCCUUGACUGCUGGUGGGUCCAGCGGCGGCGAGGGUGCACUUAUUGCAUUUCGAGGAUCCAUCCUUGGGGUGGGUACCGAUGUUGCAGGCUCUAUACGUAUUCCGUCGCUGUGCUGUGGAAUUUACGGGUUCAAGCCAACGGCUGACCGCAUCCCAUAUGGCGGACAAGCUCGUGGGUCCAUGAAGGGACUGCCAGGGCUCACUGCGGCUGCAGGUCCAUUGGCGCACAGCAUUGAGGACCUACAGCUUUUUAUGAGGGUUGCGGUUGGUUAUGGCCAGGCAUGGGAGUACGACGAGACGGCUGUUGGGAUCCCAUGGCUAUCUGAUCUCCGGGUAACUGAGAAGAGGAAAGGAAGCUUGAGAAUUGGGGUUUUGUCCGAAGACAGGCAUUUCCCACUCCAUCCACCGGUCAAGCGGGCAUUGGAACGUGCGAUCGCGGCCUUGACUCGGGAUGGUCAUCGCAUCAUCCGUGUCGGUAACCAGGACAAAGAUGGGUUGUCCGUGGCAUAUGCCUCCCGCCUCGCAUACCAGUACUUUACUUACGGUCCCCGCAUAAACAUGAAUCACAUUGCGGCUAGCGGCGAGCGACUUGUGAAGUCAGUGGCAAGGUUUGAUAAUCCUUUGUUCUCAGGUCCUCUACCUGUUGAUCAAGAACUAGAACCAUUCCAGAAGAUUGAACAAUUGCAUAUCGCUCGACAGCGCGUCAGCGAUGCCUGGCGUCAAGUGUGGGUGGAGCAGAAACUGGAUGCGAUUCUAGCCCCAGGUGCUCAGAAUACGGCAGUGGGUCAUGACACCUAUGCCUGGCCCCCUUAUACGGUGAUGUGGAACCUGUUGGAUUAUCCGGCGUGUAUCAUUCCGUUUGAUAAAGCUUCAAAGGAGCAAGACCCUGAAAAUAUGACGACAGGAGAUGCAGUGCAGCCAGACUACCACCCUGACGAGGUUGACGGUGCCCCAUGUGCUAUCCAGGUUAUCACGCCGCGGUUUCAGGAUGAGAAGUGUCUCUGGGCAGCGGAUAUUAUCGAUCGAUCAAUUCACGCAUAG